AUGUAUUGCAUAGUCCAGCAAAUUAAUCUUUUUUUUUUGUCGAUCAUGGAAUUGAUAGACCUCUUCAUUCUCUGUUUCUCCUUCGUCUUCCUUGCCCUCUGGUGGCGAAGCUUUUUAACCCCGACCAAGUCCAAGAACCUCCCUCCGGGUCCUCCAGGAUGGCCGCUUGUUGGCAAUUUGUUCCAGGUGAUCUUCCAGCGCCGUCACUUCAUUUUUAUUAUACGUGAUUUGCGUAAAAAGUAUGGUCCAAUUUUUACCAUGAAAAUGGGUCAACGCACUCUUGUUAUAGUCACAAGUCCUGAUCUUAUACACGAAGCCUUAAUCCAAAGAGGCCCUGUUUUCGCCAGCCGACCACCGGACUCGCCGAUCCGCUUGGUUUUCAGUGUUGGGAAAUGUGCAGUCAACUCAGCUGAAUAUGGACCUCUCUGGCGAACACUUCGCCGGAACUUUGUCACAGAGCUGAUGAGCCCAGUGAGAAUCAAACAGUGCAGUUGGAUACGAGAAUGGGCUAUGGAAAAUCACAUGAAAAGGCUCGAAAAUGAAGCUUUUGAAAAGGGUUGUGUAGAUGUAAUGGAUAUUUGUAGAUUUACUGUUUGUAGCAUUUUAGUAUGCAUAUGUUUUGGUGCCAAGAUCCCAGAACAUUGGAUUAAAGACAUUGACAGUGUUACGAAAGAGGUUAUGCUUAUAACCACACCACAACUCCCUGAUUUCCUGCCAAUUUUCACUCCCUUGUUUCGCAGGCAAAUGAAAAGAGCGAAAGAGUUAAGGAAGACACAGAUGGAGUGUUUGGUUCCUCUUAUAAGGAACAGAAGAGCUUAUGUAGAGAAAGGUGAUAACCCUGGCUCAUUAAUGGUGAGUCCAGUUGGUGCGGCCUAUGUGGACUCACUUUUUGGACUUGAGGCACCAGGUCGUGGUCGAUUAGGAGAAGAAGAGCUCGUGACACUUUGCUCAGAGCUCUUUGUUGCUGGUAUUGACACUAGUACAAGUGUCCUGCAAUGGGCUUUUCUUGAACUAGUGCUACAUCAGGAUAUUCAAGAGAAGCUCUACAAAGAAAUUGUCGACAGUGUGGGCAAAAAUGGGCUAAUCACUGAGGACAAUGUAGAGAAAAUGACAUAUCUUAAUGCAGUGGUUAAGGAAACUUUACGUGUACAUUCUCCGGCCCACUUUACAUUGUCGCACGCCACCACGGAGGAGACGGAGCUCGGAGGAUACAAGAUUCCGACCAACGUUUAUGUGGAGUUCUACAUCGAGUGGAUGACUGAGGAUCCGAAUUUGUGGAAGGAUCCGGAUGUUUUCCGACCCGAGAGAUUCUUAGAAGGUGAUGGAGUUGACGUCGAUCUGACCGGAACUAAGGGCACAGUGAAGAUGCUGCCGUUUGGGGCAGGGAGGAGGACUUGCCCGGGUCUUGCUCUUGGCGUGUUGCACGUAAACUUGAUGCUUGCUAGGAUGGUCCAAGCUUUCAAGUGGGUACCCACGCCAAAUGGGCAACCGGACCCGACAGAGACAUUUGCCUUUACUGUUGUCAUGAAGAACCCUCUAAAAGCAGUCAUUUUGCCAAGGUGAAAGAAAUAAAUGAAAGUUAGUAUUCAGAUAUGAGAAGGGACAGUGAAGAAGUCAUGGGCUGCUGGCAAGUGCGUGCAAGGCCAACUCAACUCAGCUGGCAGUUUUAACUAGGGCACUGUUUUUUCUGGUAGAAAUAGGACUCUAGAAGGAG